AACUGGCAAGAAAUUUCCUUUGAUUGAACCACUAUGACAUACGCUAGAACUUUAAAUAAAUACGUAGAUUAUUAAUAGCUGGAUCUGUAUAUUACCAACGCAUCGUGGUCCCACCCAAACACGCCACGUGUCUACCAGCAAAUUGCUUUCCCUAACCGGUCUAAAUCCAAUCAUUAACCCAAAACCGGACCCGCCCGUCGCUACCCAGAGAGUCUUCCUUCAUUCUUCAAUAGCAAUGGCCGUUUCUCCGCCUUCGAUUCCCCCAAAGCCCCCAUUUUUUCUCUAAAUUAACUACUUUCACCGGAACCCUAGUUUCACGAUGGUGCUGGUGACCGGCGAUAGAUACUUAGAUUCACUGGUUAAAUUCGUGGAGAACAAUGUAGAGUCAUUAAUUGAAGGAACAUUAGUACUAAAAUUGAAUCCAAUUGGUCUUCACUACGUACACUCUCGGCUUGAAUCGUUGUCGGAACUCGAAAGUCUUCUUACAGGUGCACCUGUUGAUUAUUUACGUGCUUAUGUAUCUGAUUUAGGUGACCAUCGUGCACUCGAAAAGCUUCGGAGGAUUCUCAGGCUGCUUACGUCGUUGAAGGUGGUCUCGGUGCUUCCAGCGCCUGCUAGGGAUCCUACGCCGUUGUCGCUAUUGCCGUUUGGGAGACUUAAGGUUUUGGAGCUUAGAGGAUGUGAUCUCUCGACUUCUGCUGCUAGAGGACUUUUGGAAUUAAGACAUACUUUGGAGAAAUUGAUAUGUCAUAAUUCUACUGAUGCCCUUAAGCAUGUAUUUGCAAGUAGGAUUGCUGAUAUAAAGAAUUCUCCGCAUUGGAAUCGGUUAUCAUUUAUUUCAUGUGCUCAUAAUGGUUUGGUUCUGAUGGACGAGUCAUUGCAACUUCUUCCUGCUGUUGAAACUCUUGAUUUGAGCAGAAACAAGUUUACCAAGGUGGAUAAUCUGCGGAAGUGUACCAAAUUGAAGCAUCUGGAUCUUGGGUUCAACCAGCUGAGAAACAUUGCUUCCUUUAGUGGGGUCUCAUGUCAUAUUGUUAAGCUUGUUCUGAGGAACAAUGCUCUAACAACCUUGCGUGGAAUUGAAAAUUUAAAGUCACUUCAUGGGCUUGAUAUUUCGUACAAUAUAAUCUCCAAUCUCUCAGAGAUGGAAAUUCUUGCGGGUCUGUCAUCUCUUCAAAGCUUGUGGCUUGAGGGGAAUCCUCUAUGCUAUUCUCGUUGGUAUAGAGCUCAAGUCUUCAGUUUCUUUCCGAGUCCAGAGAAGAUGGAGCUUGAUGAAAAGAAAAUUUGCACAAUUGAGUUAUGGCAGCGGCAGAUUAUCAUUGCCAGUAGGCAAAAACAGCCUGCUAGCUUUGGAUUUUAUUCACCAGCAAGAGAUGGGGCCAAACUAGAAGGAAGUAUUAACGCAAAAAGGAAGAGGCUCUCACGUGUGGCUAGUAUCGAGACUGAAGAACAGAACACUUCCAUUUGCUCUGAUAUAGAAUCCGUGUCUGUUGAUAUUGACAAUCAAAGCAAGGAGGAGAAUGCCCUUUCUGAUGAGGAAGCUGAAAUUCUUGAGUUGAUGAACCGAAUUGAGAAUAUGAAGAAGGAAAGAUCUGAUGUGUGGCUGCAGGAAUUCAAAGAUUGGAUAAAUGACUCUUCUAACAAUUUUGUUGGUAUUGCUAGAGGCAAAGAGACUGUUUCCAGUAAUCACAGAGAUGACGAAGUUAAGACCCGAUCUAGAGACAAAGAGGUAGGUGAGACCUCAAAAUAUGUAUCCGAUUCAAUGCUGGCUUCUGGAGAUGACAGCAGCACAAAUAUACCAGAAUCUGACAAUUCAUUUGCAGAGACGUCCACUAAUAUCAGUAUGUUUCAUUACCCCAACUCCAGAUUUUCCCGCAACCACACAGGAGAGUCCAUUCAGAUUGCUAGAAGCCGACAUCAGGAUAAUUUUAGCCCUAUAAAUGAUGAAGUGCUUCUACAUCCAAAUACGGUGUUCCCUCAGUCUGAAUCCUUCCCAAAUCGAAGGGGUCUUAAAAUGAGUGCUAAAAUCAAUAUUCCACCAGUUACUGAUGCUGAUAACAUUUUGGAUUCUCUAUCAUCCGUGGCUAGCACAGGAUCACCUCCUCACUACAAGGAGGACAUUCUGCAUAGACGCCAAAACUUGGAAGAAGAACUCCUGCAGCUGUCUGCUGAGUCCUUCUCAAUUGCAUCUUCUGAUAGUGCUACAAGCUGUAGCGACGAUGAUUUCCCUGAUUUGACCUCAAUGCCUCCAGUUGAUAAGUCUCUUAUCGACAAUGUCUCAGAAAGGAGUGCGGAGAGCCGCUCACCAGUGCAUCUGUCCAUGGAUGUAUACCAUGACAAAUUGUAUCCGAUAAAAAUAAAUUGUAGAUUCCCAGCACGUUUAAGCACCGAGGGAACCUCUGAUUGCAUGGUGGUCAGAGAACCAGACACUUACUCUCGGCAAGGGCAUAUUUCUCCUGACAGAAAAAGUGUAGAAAGUGUACAAGUUGUGAAGCAGGACACUGAUUGGUUGGAAAAGAAAAAGCGUCGGAGGAAACCUGCCAGGAGAAUAAUCUCAUUGUGCGAGGAAAAUAAAGAAGCAGAACCUAAAAUGUCAAAUGUGGAUAUAAAUGGUUUUCAAGACAGGGGGGUCGGAACACCGUUUGCUUCAGAGGUAGCUUCUUGCCAAAGUACGAUGAGAAUAUCCCUUGAUAGUUGUGACAGGAAACCUCAUGCCGAGAGAACUACAUUAUUACCUGGGGCUGAAGAGCUUAUUAAGAAUUACUUUAACAGCAAAGCUGCAGAUUCUGGAAUUGAUGAAUCUUGUCAGAGACACCUUCUAUGCAACUGUUUGCUUGAGAAAGACUCUCAGUUCAGUGAAAGCGAGGUAGCUGUAACCUUGAGCAGCGAACAUAAGUUACAUGUGCUACUCCUUGAAAACUCAUGUGAUGGGUCAGCAGGUUCAAGCUUAAAAUUAGUUGGCUGUCAUGGUACGCAAGAGAUGAGAGAGAUUUUUGUGGGUUUGGGGCUUCAGAUUGUAAGUAGAGUGUGCUUCGAACGGGACACAACCUACCUCUUUGUGACCAGAAAUAUAGACGUGUCCAGAGAACUAUUAUUGAUAUUGGGGUUUGCUGAUUCACAUGUGAUUGAAAAUAACUGUUCUCUGCAAAGUUUGGAGAAGGUUCAGGCUGACCUGUUCGAAAGACAUGUCUGUAGAGGUUUGAAGAUGAGCAUUCUUCAGUAUUCAAUGGUGAUGUUCUGGUGCAACAAUUCGAAAGAGGAUUCAUGGCUGGCAAGAUCACUAUUUGUGCUUGGGAGGCAUAUACUCCUUUGCAUGGAAGAUGUAAUCCUGCUUGGUUCCCUUUCUGAGAGUGUAUCUUGCUCUUCCUAUUUCUCGUUGGACUCUUGUUGUUCCAUUGUCAGUGUUUCAGAAGUGGUAAUUGAAACCAAAGAUUGUUUUUGUGUGACCCUGACUUUGGAAGGUGUCAUGUCAGAGUUCCCUCUUUCAUUGGAGGAGGGCAAGGCAGUCGAGGAUACAAAACUCGUGAAGAGAAAACCUAUAUCAGGUCCUCAGAAAUGGAAGCUGAAGUGGUUUUCAGAAGAAAGUCUCUUCAAAUUUGUGGCUUUAUUGAAAGCAUUACAUGGGUGAAUCAACCACAAGUACGCUACUUGUAUAACGCCAUUAAAGCGAGCAAAAUCUGUUUUGUUUUUUUCAUUCCUUUAGUUGUGUUAUAUAUUCAUUUCAUUCUUUGCAAUUACUGUCCCCUGGUUAGUGUUGUAUUUGCUUUCCUUUUCUUUUCGUUGAUGCGUUUUCCAUUCUUUAAUUUAUUGUGUAGGCAGUGAUUUGUUGUACAAAGCCCAUGGAAAAGGAAAUUAGUGUGUUUAAUAUCAGUUUGUUUUGGAGAUUCUCUUUA